UGCAUUAUUUAAUUAAGAACUUUAUGUUGCUAAAUGCUGUAAUGCAGAAUUAUAGCUCGCGUGAAAAGUAUUUGAUUUCGAACACUUUGAACUGCUUGUCUACUAUACUUCAAGGGAAGGGCGUAGUCAUUGAUCUUCGAAAUGAGACUACCGUAGCGGGCAUAAUAGAUGUUGUUGACGGUCAUAUGACGUGCGAAUUGAAACAAGCGGUUUUUAUAAACCGAAAUAAUCAACUAAUGCAGUUCGACAAUUUUGUUGUACGCAACCGAAUGAUUCGCCUGUUACACGUUCCGGCAGAUCUCGACCUUAAACAGGGUCUAUCACUGCUGCAACGCAGGCGUAUGAGCAAGACAAAUACCAAGCGCUCUUUGAAGCAAAAGCGGGUCGAGACACGGCACAGAGAAACUUUGGAGAGUAUUUCAAAACAAAAACAAACAAAGUAGUAUCAAUAUUAAAGCACUAAUUGUUAUUAAUGUU